AUGGACGCGGUCGAGGUCGAGGAGGUCGAGGUCGCGGCGGCCGACAUGCUGGCGGAGCAAAACCCGGAGGAGCGUCAGCGAAUGGCGGCUGCGGCUGCCGAGGAGGCACAGCUUGUUGCCAACCUGACUGACAUUCAGCGCCGCGGAUUGUCGCAGCUCAAGACCCACUUUGGCCGCUUUGUGGACUCUGGCGUCCUGCUCGCUGUCCUUGAAAUGCAUGGCAAUCGAUACGAGGACGCCCGCGCGUUCUUGGAGGCGUCUGGCGAUGACAAUGCCGAGCAGCAGAACAACAACGCUGCUCAGAACAACCGCGCGCGCAACAACAACAACAACAACAACAACAACAACAACAACAACAACUCGAAUGUUGUGGAUUUGACACACUACAACCCAGCCAACUCAAACAACAACAAUGAGCAGAUUCCUCAGGAUUACUUUGAUCUCCCACAGUAUGCCGCUGCUGCCAACCCGGUUGCUGCUCCUGCUGCUGCUGCUGCUGCUGCUGCUUCAUCCUCGACCGACAAGAAUGCUCACUCGACUGUCGAGUCGCUGACGCUGCUCUUUACCAACACGACUGCCGCGCAGGUCACCGUCGCGCGACACAUUGAGGCACAAACGGAGCAGCGACCCUUGUACAUUGCGCUUUUGCAUGCCCUGAUCAAGGGCAAGUUUGAGCUGGCAUCGUCCAUCAAGUCCCGCAUUCUCGCUGCCGCUUGGGCCCGGCACGACUUUGCCUUUGCCGACGGACUGCUGUCUGCCACUCCAGCGCCGGUCGCGGAGUCUUCCAACGAGAAGGAGACUGCCGGCACCUCCGCGUCUACCACAGCCACCACCACCACCACCGCGCUGCCGCUGAACUUUAGCGGCGCUGGACUGUUCGGGUUGCCCGAGGUGUUGAAGGCCGCCACUGUGCUCGACUCUGCUCGCCGCAUCCGUGUGCUCGAGAAGCGCUUGCGAAAGCUCCAGGAACAGAACGCGGUCAAGCCCCGCAGCGCCACACUCGUCACUAUCAAUCGCCAGCUCGCGGAUUUGCGUGCAGAGGCAGUUCCGGCGGGCAGCAUGUCGGGCGCUCUGGCGCGGCGUGUGCGCGUGUGGGCGGACAAGAUUGGAGCUGCCGACCUGACCUUCUAUGGUCUGCAGAUGCCCACCCGCCCCUGGAAGGAGCUGGCCGACUUGGCCCACGUCAACCCUGUGACUGGCAUGGCCGUGGAUUGGUUUUUGCCCGUGGCCUUUGGCAAGCCAGCGUCAGACUUCCCCAACUCGGCCAUCGCCAUGCACGGCAACGUUGACCAGAAGGGCCUCGGUGUGCUGAUCAACGAGCACCACGUCCCGUACAGCUACGUGCGCAAGCUGGUGGCGGAGAGCAAGGGCGCGCUGGUGCUGGACGAGGACGCCAAGGUCGCCAUCAGCGCGUACUCGCCGCUCGACCAGGUCAUCUGGUACCACGAGGAGCUCGGCUGCGAUGCCGUCGAUGCGACCAUUGCCAGCCGUGUCGAUGCCGGCGAGACGCUGGUGAACAUGAACUAUGGCAAGCUGAUGGAUCGCCUGCUGUACCUGACCAUGCGUGGCUCUCCCCUCUACGCCAAGCUCAUUCCGUUGGCCGAGAAGAUGCUGGACAUCCAGCUGCCCCUGCCCAGCCCGCUCGUGUGCCUCGGCGAUGCGUCCUUCUCGAUGGACGUGGCCAUCCGCGUCUCCACCAUCAUCAGCUCGAUUGUCGCCAAGCUGACCAAGGCGCAUCUCGUCUUCUUUAGCGACAAGGAAAUGGUGCCCGACCGCCAGCCCAAGAGCGUGGACGAUGUGCUUGUGCUUGCCCGCACGGUCAAGGCGCAGGGUCUGACCGCCCCCGCCUGCGCCCUGAUGCCCUUCUACACGGAGAAGAAGCAAGUCCGCCUCUUCAUUGUCACCUCGGACGAGAUUGAAAAUGUCAAGUACAGGCACACGGAUGGCACGAGCACUUACUUUCCGCAGCUGUUUGCCAAGUACCGCAAGGAGGUGUGCCCCGACGUGCAGAUCGUCUUAGUGUCGUUCAGCGCGCAAAACUCCAAGGGUCGCAUGGCCCGCGCUCUCGAGCUGUUUGGCAUCACCCCCAUCCUGUUCCAGCUGGAGGAGUCCCGCCCCGAUCUGUCCAAGCUCGACUCGCUCCUCGCUUCCCUGGCAGUCCGGACGCCAGAGUUCCGCGACGAGAUUAUCAAGGCUGCAGCCACCAUCUCCCAGCAGCCCGUGUCGAGCCCCGUUGGUGUGCUGCGCGCCACCAACGCGGCCCGUGCCGUCUCCGCUGCCGCGCCUGCUCGAGCGCCUCCAUCCCCUCCCACUCCCGUCCCGGAAGCUCCCGCAGCCACUGCACCGACUCCUCCGUCUGCCAACGCCGAAGAUUGGGUUGUAGUGACUGACCGUGUGUAA